AAUUUGCCAUAGCGAUUAGUUUAUUUGUUUGGACACAUCGAGUUUACUUGGAAGUUUUCCGUGCGUCGGGGGCGUAAGUGAUGAUACCUCGGAGUCUGUACAAUAGCCUCUUGAUGAAGUAUCGAAUGUUCCAACAACCAAUUCGAGGCAAAUCAUACGGCAUCGGACAGCUUCAAUAGCAGCAGGAACCCUCGCGCGUCACGCGCACAGCCCCUUCACCAUUGGCUCAAAACGCUCGUGAUUUUCUGACGUCACAGGGGAAGGUACUUAGUACAGAAAAGGCAGUUCAUUUCGUUGUAGGCCACUGGGAUCUGAUCAGGGAGAGCAAAUAGGGGUAGAGGGACAAACAUUAACUCGAGAGGAUAAGCGACAGGACUUGGAAGGUGAAAAAUACCGGCUUCAACCGCCCGAAAUUCAAAGGAAAAGAGCUUCAUAAAACAAACUUCUUUGGACUGAACACAGAAUUUUAACUAUGGCCGCAUUCGAAAUAAAAUCCACUCUGUGCGUCUUAAUACUCAUCGCUCACGGCUUUUCCCAAGGGUUUUUGAUGAGAAGAAGCACAUUGCCAGUGUACUGGGUACCAAAACCAUAUUUAAAAGCCUAUGCCAUUGACGAAAGUUCAACAGAACCGGUCGUAUGUGGGACGGCCAUGAUCGCUUUUAUGUGUGAAAACGUGGACCUACCAGACGGAAAAUACGGCAAAUACAUCAUCCCUGUCUAUUCGAGAAAAUUUAUCUGCGAUUUGAUAGUUGGAGCGAGAGAUUUCUUUCCAUGCCUGGAUUCUGAAAACAGCAUCGAUCAGAAUAGGUUUCAAAACUGA